AUGCAGAUCCGAGUUCUCCUCACCGUCCUCAUGGGCGUGACCUUCACCGCGGCUCUCACUCCUGCCGAUUGCGACUGCUUCACCGUCUGCGAUAGCGACCUUCACGAUGCCGACAACUGCUACAACUCCAACAUUGGAUGCGGAACUUUCGAUGCGCCCACUUGCUGCGGUGAAAUGACUACACUGAAUAUGAAGCUCAUGUGGUUCUUUGAAAGAGAGAUUCACCGGUGGUCCCUCGUAACUGAAGAUUUGUUAAGCCAUUAA